AAUACUUUCUCGUCAUCCAACCUCGAAACUCGACAAACGUCAAAUCACCAAUAUUUCUCAGCUGAGGAAAGGUGACUGACUGCUUGACGUUGUGUAGCUUGCUCAGUUGUUCAUAUUCAUGAAACUCAAUAAAUUAAUUAUAAUAAACUAUCGAGUGAUUUAGAAACAUACAUAAAGUUUGAAAAUGAGUGAAUUGAGCCAGGAAGAGAUAAGAAGACGUCGUCUGGCGCGACUCGCCGCGCUAGGAGGCAACAGUCCAGCCCCGACCAGCCCUCCUGUCACCCCCGGAGCCUCCAUACCUUCGGACAUUCUCAGCCCCCAAGCACCGUUGAGACUGUCGCCCGCGCCCGCGCCACGAGGCUCGACAGAAAACUCCGACAGCCAGAACAAAGACAGUUUUAGUGAAAACAAAAACGAUGUUGUUAGUGAUGAAACAAAAAUUCCAGAUGGCAUUAUAGUGACAGAAAAAACGGACAACAGUAAUUUGCUUGAUGAAAUGCCCGACACUAAAAUGACGGACUUAUCACAAAGUAGACAAUACAAUAGUUUUGAUUCCAUGGGGGAGGACACAUUGUUAACAUGCAAUAGUGUGAGGGGGCUACAGACGGGGGUGGUAGGUUCUGAGGGAGUGUCCACCAGGGAAGACAGCACUUCUCGAUCCAUAUCCCCUCCGCAGUUUGUGGAGCCUUCUCCUGUGCAGGCGCGGCCAGCGUCAUCACCGAGCUGCUCGAGGCGAUCAUUGUCUAUGGAGGUAGAUGAUGUUUCAGAAAGAAAUUCACAGUCAGACCCACAGCAAGAACCCAUGGAGAUUGAAGAUAGUGAUUUGUCACAAUCACCAGCACGGAAAAUUCUACGGUCAAGAACUGUUAGUUGCACUGAGCUAACGGAGGAGCAGUUGAGGAAUAUAGUUGCCAAAAUAUUAUUAGUGUCCUGGUCGGACGAGAGUGCCGGUGGUAUUUUUGUACCAUCAGUAGCUGCCUCACUUUUAGACAACCCUGAUUUAAGUUUACGAGCUCUCGCAUCGGAGUCAAUAAUGGACAUUAUAAGCCAAAUCAUUGAUGGAUCAGAUCCACUUAAUCAAAAACUAAUUGCUAUAUCGGAGAUGACGAAGCAACCAAACGAAGAAGGAGGGGAUGAUAUAUUGACAACAGGUUUCCUUGGCUCAGAAUCUGACCAAGAGAAAUCUGACUGCCCCACACCGUUACUACCAUUGUCCCAAAAGAUAUCGACACAAUCUCUACUUGUUAGUUAUCUACUCAAAUUCUACAACAACAUUAAACUAUACGAAAAGGACCAUCCGAAGAAAAGUUCGGAACCACCUUUGGCUGAUCUCCUUCAGACAUUAAGAACUUUACUUGUGAAUCAUUUAGUGUUAGUGUUGAGAAAUAAAUAUGACAUUGAAAAGUGUAAAAAGUCACCACUGUUACCGUAUCUACUGAAUGGUAAUGCUCCUAAUGGACUCAUUCCUGAGGUGAUGUUGGCAACAUACACAGAUCAAGAGGCAUUCGAUGAGGUAUUUGUGCCGCUACUGAUGGGUGUACGUGAGGAGAUGCGUCGUUGCGUGUCGCCCGCAGCGGGGUGCGGGCACGGUGCGGCGUUGCGUGCGCUCGACGCGUUGUGUGCGUUACGCGCGCCGCAGCGCACCGCCCGCCCUGUGUGCUCGCUGCUGGCUCGCCUGCCGUCGCUCUGUCCCCCGCCCGUCACCACUGCGCCGGGUCGCGAGAUCGCGCGUGUUAGCUUCAUGGGACCCUUCUUUGCUAUAUCAUUAUUCGCCGAGGAGAACCCGCGGUUCGCUGAGCGCAUGUUCGGUGGCGCUACGGACCAGUCGCUCGUGUUCGCGUUACAGUGCGAGCUGGAGGCGGGCCGCAACACGUUACACCGAGUGUGUCACAACGUGCUACUGUGUCCGGACGCGAGAGAGAAGUUCCUCGACUAUCUAGCCGCGCUGCUCACACGCAACGAACGCCGCGCGCAGAUGCAUACGGAUGAACGGUCGCUCGCAGGUGACGGAUUCAUGCUGAACGUGUGUUCGGUGCUCCAACUACUGUCGGUCCGGAUCAGGAUGGACCGCGUAUGGCCCCUCUACACGUUCCAGCCGGGCACGUGGAUCAACAUCCGCGAUGACACGCGCCUGUAUUACACUGCUACUGAGGCGCAGGCGUGGCUGGAUGCCCUGUGCGCGCAACCGGACCACAAGUGGCCGGAAGCGAAGUUCCAGACGGUGUGCUGGUUCCUCACGCUGCACAUGCACCACGUAGCGCUCAUACCCGCGCUGCAGACACACCAGCGACGGAUCCGAGCUUUCCGCGACCUGCAGAAGGUUAUAGAGGAGUUGAUGGCGGCGGAACCGCAGUGGCGCAACACCGUGUCCGCGCUCCGCAACCGCGAGCUGCUGCGGCGCUGGCGGCGGCAGAUCAAGCGGCUACACAGGUCGAAACAAUGCGCCGAAGCGGCCCUUCUGGACCCUGAGUUAAUGCGUCGCGCGCUGUCGUUCUAUGCGGGCGUGUGCGGACUGCUGACGGCGCGGCUGACGGCGGCCACCGACCCCGACCUGCCGCCGCACAGCCCCGCCCACGCCUUCCGCGCCACGCCCGAGUGGUACGUCGAGGACGUCGCCGAGUUCAUGCUGUUCGCCGUGCAAUACGUGCCCCAAAUAGUGAUGUACAACAUCGAGGAUCCGGUUAUCACGUGGCUGUUAACGGCCAUCUGCAACUCCCAUCUCAUCAAGAACCCCUACUUGGUAGCCAAGAUCGUAGAAGUGUUAUUCGUGAUCAACCUGUCCCAGCCAAUGAAACUAAAGAAUGUCUACGAGAAGUUCAUGGACCAUCCGAUGUCCCAAACUGCUCUGCCCAGCGCACUGAUGAAGUUCUACACGGAUAUAGAGACGACUGGACAGAGCACGGAGUUCUAUGACAAGUUUACCAUACGGUUCCACAUCAGCAUUAUAUUAAAGGGCAUGUGGGAGAGGCCGAUACAUAAACAGGCGAUCGUGAAAGAGUCCCGCUCCGGGCGACAGUUCGUCAAGUUUAUCAACAUGCUGAUGAACGACACAACAUUCCUACUCGACGAGUGUCUCACGUACUUGAAGCGUAUCCACGAGGCGCAGGAGGCGGAGGCGAGCGGCGCGUCGGGCGUGGAGGCGCGCGCGCGUGCGCUGGCGCAGGACGAGCGACAGUGCCGCUCUUAUCUCACGCUGGCCAGGGAGACGGUGGACAUGCUGGAGUAUCUAACAGCGGACAUCAAGGAGCCGUUCCUGCGCGCCGAGCUGGUGGACCGCCUCGCCUCCAUGCUCAACUUCAACCUGCAGCAGCUGUGCGGACCCAAGUGUAAUAACCUCAAGGUCCGGCGGCCGGAGAAGUACGGGUGGGAGCCGCGGCGGCUGCUGAGCCAGCUGGUGGACAUCUACCUGCACCUCGACGAGCCCGCCUUCCACGCCGCGCUCGCCGCCGACGAGAGAUCAUUCCGCAAGGAGUUGUUCGAGGAGGCGGCGGUGCGGCUCGCGCGCUCCUGCAUCAAGACGCCCUUCGAGAUCGAGCAGUUCAGGGCGCUCGCCAACAACGCAUAUCAGAUCGCUAUAUCGAACCAGCAAAAGAGCGACGAGUACGCGGACGCGCCGGAGGAGUUCCGCGACCCGCUCAUGGACACGCUCAUGACGGACCCCGUGCUGCUGCCCUCCGGCAAGGUGAUGGACAGAUCGGUGAUCCUGCGACACUUGCUCAACAGCGCCACGGACCCGUUCAACAGGCAGCCGCUCACCGAGGACCAGUUGCGUCCAGCAACGGAGUUGAAGGAGAGAAUAUUGGAAUGGAUACGCGACAAGAACGGAUCGACCUCCACAUCUUAAGCUCUCAAAACAAAGUCUGAUGUAUAUACCUAUAUGUAGACUAGCUGAUACACUCAGCAAUUAAUGGACUUGUCAAAACUUGAAUGUGAGAUUAUUUUAAGUGGUGUUAUAUUUGCAGUCAAAAACCGCCUAAAAUACAUUUUAACAACUGUGUUCUACAUAAUAAUUAAUGUUAUACUUUUAAUAAGUUCCGUAGUAAAAAAAUCUAGCCCCAUUUUAAUCCUUCGACUGUGGAUUCUUGGAAAUCUAUUGUUAUUCUAUUGUGUCUCGCUCACCGGUGAGCUUAUGGGGCUUGAUGGGUUAAAUAAAAUAUCGCCUACGUACGCUACUCCAUAUACCUGUCUUCGUUUGGCACCUUGGGAAAGCCACUUGACAGCUAUCAUAGAGUAGCUUUAGCAAUUGCCAAAAGCCAAAGCUUAGGGCGCACUUAGAUACGGAACAUCGGGAAUAUUCAGAGCACUGAAAACAGGACACUAAAACUAAUAUGAUAGAGUUGUAAAUCGAAGUGUCGAGUCGUCAAAUCUGACGAUUCGACACUUGAGUUUUCGAUUUUGAGCUCUAUGUUAAUAGUCCAAAGUUCUAUUAACAAUGCUUCGAAUUUUCAUUGGUUUUCGGGGUUAAAAAGUAUAGUACCAGUUUAACUUCCAGAAAAAAAUGUGGGGUAGGCCAAAUAUAUUGCAUUGCAUGUUUGAAUGAUGUGAUUCCCUGAAUAUUACAUGUUUAAACAUUAUGAAAUCUCGCUCAAUAUGCCAUAAGAGGCAUUUGAAUUCCUUAUGUAUUCGUCAAAAUUAUACUUGGACAUGCUAUACUAGAAGUCGCGAGGUUAAGCACAGAAAUGUCACAGCCGUGUGUCAGUUAAGUUCCAUGUCUAUACUAGUUGUCUUUAGUGCUACGCACUGUAAAUAUUUUCAUCUUAAUUCAAAAGGCCUAAGUUUUACUUAUAUCCAAGGCAGGUUAGACUAACUUUUAGAUUUGUAUGAAUUUUGUUUAUCGAAAAAAAAAUCAAACAGAACUCGAUUAGUUUGUA